UCCUAGGCCCAGACCAAGUGUCGGUGCGCUGCCACAAUGGGCUCUGAGCUGGAGACUGCCAUGGAGACCCUCAUCAGCGUGUUCCACACCCACUCGGGCAAGGAGGGGGACAAGUACAAGCUGAGCAAGAAGGAGCUGAAGGAGCUGCUGCAAACUGAGCUCUCCGGCUUCCUGGACGCCCAGAAGGACGCAAAUGCUGUGGACGCGGUGAUGAAGGAGCUAGACGAGAACGGAGAUGGGGAGGUGGACUUCCAGGAGUACGUGGUGCUGGUGGCCGCUCUCACCAUGGCCUGCAACAACUUCUUCUGGGAGAACAGCUGAGCAGACAGCCCCAGGCGGCGCCUUCCCUUCCACCCUGCCGGGCUUACCCCAGCUGCGACUCCCCACACUGCCACCUUUGCCUGCUCCUCCACACACAUCAAGGCACAGGAAUAGCAGUGCAGCGCUGUUCAU